UAUGAGUUCAAAGCCAAAGGAGUGAAGAAGCAGAAGACGUUGCUCAAAGUGUCAGCUGAUGGUGUCUUUGUGUACGGAAGAAACAAACCAAAGGUCGGCACCAGGUUCUCUUCUGCCCUGAGCAAAAUAUCGGGAUCGACUACUCCAGUCCCUACUGAAAUACCUACCUCGAUGGGCAUGGAGGAUAGUGGGACGGGUGGGCCACAGGCCCCCUCCUCUCCCUCCUGCCACGGUGGCAGCAGCGGUGGCGGUCUCCUUGGCUUGGGCCUGCGCAACGCCUCCGCCCUCUCCUGCGUGCAUCCCGCCAACGUAAUACUUUCCCACCCGAUCUACAGUCCUGGUAAUGCCGAUGCAUGA